AGCCGCGGACGUGUGGAUCUGAUAGCCAUGAAUGGGGUGGUGGAGACGUGGGUUUUGUGGAUUUUACCCAGAUGCUAAAAUUAACGUUUGCACCUCAAUGGAUUUAUUUCUAUCAUAACUUUCAGCAUAUACACACUCGAUCGCUUUAAAUGCUUCCCGCGAUACGAUCUCGUCCGGCAUAACAGCGCGUUUGUGCUCGUCGCGUGGCUCGAAGCAAAUCACGGUUACGUUUGUUUUCUCCUAUUAAACAUGCCGAGGAACAACAAGACCCCGCUGAUCCAGAAGAUAGCGAGCCAGGCUUGCGUGACCUUCACGAACUGCUCGACCUCUGCCAUCGGGGAUAAUAAGACGUUUUUAGACCGGCAGGCAGAGUUGGUCACCCUGCUAUCGGACAUCAGGGCUGCGGAUCUGAGGAUUGCGCCACCGAAGAAAGUCUCCAUAUCAUCCUCGCAGUCCGCAGCUGUCCCUCCAGUCACAUACAUGCACAUCUGUGAGACUGACGUCUUCAGCAUGGGAGUGUUUCUGCUGAAAUCCGGGGCUUCCAUCCCUCUGCAUGACCAUCCUGGGAUGAAUGGCAUGCUGAAGGUGCUGUACGGCAAGGUCAAUAUAAGGUGUUAUGACAAGUUGGAUAAAUCUGAUGGAGCUGAGAGUGAAACCGAGAGGCAGUUUGAUCCACCGCUGUUGCCUUUCCAGGGAGGUGAUGUGAGGAGAGCCGCGCUCAGGUCCUCCGGACAGUUUUCUUAUCAGAGUGGCCCUUGCAUCUUGACCCCUCUCAAAGACAACCUUCAUGAAAUUGACGCGGCGGACGGGCCGGCUGCGUUUCUUGAUAUACUAGCACCGCCGUAUGACCCUGACAACGGGAGAGAUUGUCACUACUACAAAGUUUUACAAACUGCGGGCAAAAAGUCAGAGCAGGGCGGUGAAGACGAAACCUGGCUCUUAGAGAUCCCCCAGCCGGAAGAUUUCUGGUGUGGGGGCGAGCCGUACCCCGGUCCUGAAGUUUCGGUGUAGAGAAAUGAACACUGGAAUUGCCUACGAUCCGUCCUCAUUCUAGCUCAGACGUUUUAAUCUUAUUUUGUUCUUCAAACGUCACCACAUGAUUUUAAGAUGCCUGUUCUGUACAUCAGUUUGUGGCCUUGCUUGUUAAGACGAAACCUGGCUUCUAGAGAUCCCCAGACGGAAGUCGUGAGGUUUCGGUGUAGAGAGAUGAACGCUGGGAUGGCCUAUGAUCCGUCCUCACUUUAAAUCAGAGUAAUCAAAAAUCAUUUUUUGUGGGGUUUUUUUUUCAAAAAAAAACUCUAGACGUCACGACAAGAUUUUAAGAUGUCCAUUCCAAAACUGUGUACAUCAGUUUGUGACUUUGCUUGUGAAUAAUGAAUGUAUACAUGCUUAAAAGGCAUUUACUCUUGUAUAAGUGCACACUAUAUAUCUAUAUUAAAUACUUUAAUUUAUUUAAAAAAUAUACAAACACAAAUUUUUAUGUACUGUUUAUAUUUUUAACUUUAAAGUACAAUUAAAAUGCUCAUAAAUCA